GAUGCAACGAGGCCGUGCACCGUAGCUGCAGCCAGUUGCAUCACUGACCGGCAUCGCUGCGCGACCGAUUUCGCGCUCUGUAAUUCGCGAUAUCCUAUAUAUACUUUAAAGUUUUUGGAAAAAAAUAAUAACUGUGCAAGUUUUCCUUCACUACACGACCGAUUCCGCACAUUAAGCUUCGUGUAAGAAAUUAAUUUCGACGAGAAGAAACAACAAGCUAUACUUCGAAGUAUCUAUCAAACUACAAAUAGAAAAAUAAUUGUGAAAAUUUCCUGAAACAGUGUUAAACGUUGUACGACUGAUUGCAGUUCAAGAAUUGCUCCAAAUUAAUAAAAAGAUUGCGAACUUUUUAAAUUCAAACGAAGGAAAAUAAAAUUCCACGUUUGAAAUCCUUACAUAAGUGAACGAAGGUCUCAAGGUUCCCGUGAUUUCUCCAUUUUCUUAACAAAUCCGUCUACCAGAAUUAGGGAAAUCGCGAAGCAGCUAGGUUCUGAAUCAACAGCCUUGCGGCGUAUAUUUUUACAAGAGAAAGUUGUAUUGUUGUUCGAGCUGUGCAAACAGCGGCUGGAAGUUUCGCGCGAACGAACGAGCGUCGAGGAGCCGGAAGUAGUCUUCGAGCACGUGUCACGCGUCUAGUAACUUUUCAAAUUCUCGACAAACACAAAAUCGCUGGAUUAAAUCGAGGGACCGGGUUAAAGAAAGCUACGAAUCUGAACGAACGCGAAGACAAAAACGAAAUCGUUCGUAAAGGCGGAUUCGCGCGGCUAUCAAAACGCGUAAAAUCGUAACUGGUCGAAGGAGGUUAUCGGUUCCGCCGCGUUUCUUGGCGUCGAAUGACGUGAUCCCCGCGAGUCCUCGAGGCAGAUUCGAUCGUGGAUCACGCGAAGCUGCAUCAUGCCGCAGGAGAACGAGAACGGUGGUGCUAUCGAUGCAGCUUCAUUGAACGGCGAACAAUCACGAGCGAAGAUCCUUGACAAGGACGGUAUCGAUGACCUCGAUCAUCAUCGUUGCAAGGACGAUUCGAACAAGAUGCCAGAAUUAAAGGACGAUCAGGACCAGGCGAACGACGAGGAGGUUUGCCUAGAUUUGAGCGAACCAUCGGCCGAGGUGAUGGAUUACGCUAGGAGAGAACUGGGAGAGACCGAGGAAGUCAGGUGCCGAACUCUUCAAGAACUGAGAGACAUGAUUUAUGAGAGAGGAGAGUGUAUGCCACAUCGGAUGGACGAUGAUUUUUUGAUCAGAUUCCUCAGGACGAGGGGUUUUAACGUGCCUCGUGCUCAUCGAUUGAUAGUGAAUUACUGCAACUUCAAAGAGGAACACCCGGAGAUCCAUCAGGAUGUGAGUCCAGUGGAGAUGAAGCAUAUCGGUGAGGAUGACGUGAUGACGGUGCCUGCUUACAGGACACAGUGUGGUAGAAGAAUGAUGAUCUAUCGAUUGGGAAACUGGGAUCCAAGGAAAUAUUCAGUGGAAGAGAUAUUCAAGGCUACCGUUAUCGUAUUAGAGCUCGGUGUUCUGGAACCCAGAGCGCAAAUCCUCGGAGGUGUCGCGAUUUUUGACUUGGAGGGAAUCACGAUGGCUCACGCCUGGACCAUCACCCCACAGGUAGCCAACAUGGUGACAGCGUUGAUGGUGUCAGCAUUUCCCAUGAAGACAUACGCCAUACACAUUCUCCAUCAGUCCUGGGUGUUCGACGUGAUGUUUUCCGUGUUCAAACCAUUGUUGGACGUACGAAUGCAGAAUAAAAUCUUCUUUCAUGGUAGUAACAUGGACAGUCUUCACCAACAUAUAUCACCGUCCCACUUGCCGAAGAAGUAUGGCGGUACCAGAGAAGAAUUGGCUUAUUACAAAUGGAUCGACAGUCUGAGCAAGGUGCCUCAGAUUGUCAAGGAGAUGAAACUUCUCGGUUACAUAGUCCCCGAAGAGAUACAGAAACAAAUGGACCAACAUGUAGACGACUGAGAAAAAAAACAUUGAAAAGUUUUUCAAUUGAAACAAGUUCAAUGAUCAAUUUUGCACUAUCCAUUGUAACAUCUUUAUAUUCGUUUCAUCGUGAAUUAACCUUCGAAUAGUGAAUUAGAUUAAUGAAGAAUGCAUAUUAGAUUCUUUGGGUCUUGAAUGACCCACCGUCUGACGUUCGAGGGUUAAUAGAUAAGAGAUUGGAGAGCGUUUAAUUUCUUUUUUUUAUCAUUCAUAAUGUACUUUUUGUAUCCUUUGUUAGACACGAUGGUUAUUUCUUAUUUCUUAAGUACACUUUUAUUCUUCUUUUUAUAUUCUUCCAUUGUAAGAUUGAAAUAUUGAUUAAAGGUAGCAAAGAAAGGAUCGUUAGCGAUUGUGCUAACCUUUUUUUCUUUUUCUUAUUCUUAAGA